AUGUUGAAGUUGAAAUCCACUUUCGUUCCAGCCGCCAAGAGAGCCGCGUCUGCGCUUGACAAGCAUGGUUUCCAGGUGACAACUUAUGCUAGACCCCAGGAUCUUCUCAUCACCAGAGGAAACAAUUCUAAGCUUUACGACGAUGUCCAUAACAAGGAAUACAUCGACUUCACAGCCGGUAUCGCAGUUACCUCGUUGGGCCAUUCGAACCCAGGUGUUGCCAAAAUUUUAUGCGAUCAAUCCCAAAAGCUGAUCCACUCCAGUAAUUUGUAUUACAACCCGGAAUGUCUUGAGCUGAGUGAAAAAAUCGUUUCCAAGACCAAAGAAUUUGGUGGUCAGUUCGACUGCACCAAAGUAUUUCUAUGUAAUUCUGGUACCGAGGCCAACGAAGCUGCCUUGAAGUUUGCCAAAAAGCAUGGUAUUCAAUUGAAUCCCCAGAAGCAAGGGAUUGUUGCGUUCCAAAAUGCGUUUCAUGGUAGAACCAUGGGCGCUCUUUCCGUCACAAGCAACCCAAAAUACAGAACUCCGUUCGGAGAUUUAAUCCCAGGUGUCUCCUUCUUGAAUAUCCAUGAUGAACUGACUACUCUUGCCGAUUUUAUUUCCUCGAAAAAGGAUGAAAUAGCCGGUCUUAUAGUUGAACCUAUUCAAGGUGAAGGUGGUGUUUUCCCCAUUGACGCCGAUAAACUUGUUGGUUUGAAGAAAAUAUGUGCAGAAAAUGACGUUGUGGUAAUCUACGAUGAAAUACAAUGUGGUAUGGGCAGAACCGGUAAACUUUGGGCUCAUGCAUACCUACCCAAGGAAGCUCAUCCUGACAUAUUUACUUCAGCAAAGGCUUUAGGUAACGGUUACCCUAUUGCUGCUACCAUGGUGAACGAUAAAAUUAACGAUGCCUUGCAAGUCGGUGACCAUGGAACUACUUACGGUGGUAAUCCUCUUGGUUGCGCCAUCAGUAACUACGUGCUGGACGUCAUUGGUGAUGAAAAGUUCUUGCAAGAGGUCAACCGUAAAGGUGAGCUCUUGACAUCGCGUUUGAAGCAAUUACAGAAGAAAUUCCCUGAGCACAUUACGGACGUUAGAGGUAAAGGUCUAAUAAUUGGCGCAGAGUUCGCUGAGGCGCCUAAAGAGCUCAUUCAAAAGGCAAGAGAAAACGGACUAUUAAUUAUUACAGCAGGCAAGUCGACCGUCAGAUUUGUUCCUCCUUUGACAAUCACCGAUGAUGAAAUCGAACAGGGCCUAUCGAUCUUUGAAAAGGCUGUUGAGGACGUUUAUGCUUAG